AAGUAACUCUAAUUGACAGGAAGUUGAAAUCCAUCAUCAAGCGCGCACUUGUAAUCUCUAAAGAUGUCGUUGUUUUCCAAUCCUACACAAGCAUUUGGUACUAACCCCGCUACAACUGCUGCCACGGGGUUUUCAUUUGGUGGUGGUGCGGCGACGACAACGGCGCCAGCAUUUGGUGGAUUCGGCGGCACCGCUACAACAUCAGCACCAACAGGCUUUUCAGGUUUCGGGACGGGAACCCAGGCGACGGUGGGGCAAGGCACAGGUUUUUUCGGGGGUGCUCCCACGGCAACGACUACAGCAACAGCACCAGGUUUCAGUGGCUUCGGGACUAACCCUGGCACAUCCACUACAGGUUUCUCAGGAUUUGGAGGAGCAGUGCCACCAACAACUACUGCCUCAGGUUUUACAGGAUUUGGUGGAUUUGGUACCACAUCAGGCUUUGGUGCUGGAACGGGAACCACAACUGGCUUUGGUGCUGGAACGGGAACCACAACUGGCUUUGGUGCUGGAACGGGAACCACAACUGGCUUUGGAGCACCGACAGGAGCCACGGGAACUUCAACAGGAUUUGGGGGAUUUGGCACUACAGGAUUUGGUGGUGCAGCAACAGGACAAACUGGCUUCGGAGGGGGAUUGUUUGCAGGAGGCCAGCAACCUCAGCAGCAGCAGGGUGCCUCUGACCUCACCAAUAUGGCCAUGGCUGUGUCGCUGCCGCAGAUCUAUGGUGACGAGAAAGAUGCCAUGAUAGCCAAGUGGAACCAGCUCCAGGCAUGCUGGGGAACUGGGAAGGGCUUCUACAGUCCGAAUGGCGUGGUGGAGUUUAAGGCAGAUAACCCCUUCUGCAGAUUCAAGGCGAUUGGGUACCAUGUGAUACCAAGUGGGAGGAACGAGGAUGGGUUGGUGGCGCUCAUGUUGAAGAAGAAGCAGACCGAUGUGGCUGCAGCGCAACAGCAAAUCGUUGACACACUACACAAGAUGUUCGGCAGUAAACCCACUCUCUCUGUCUGUGUGGAGGGCAUCCGACCACUCCCAGAGGACAGGACAGAGUUGGUGAUCUAUGUGCUGGAGCGUCCACAGACAGGGCCUGCUAGACGGGUUGGAGCGUCGGAUCUGUUUACAUUCAUGAACCAGGCAGGCACUAAGAACACACUGGUCACCCAGCUGACUGUGGAAAACAUUGUGCCAAAGAUGGGCUGGUCCAGUGAACAGCUGAAGGAGUACCUAGAUAAACCCCCAGCUGGUAUCGACCCUGUGCUGUGGCAGCAGGCCAAGCUGGACAACCCAGAUCCCACCAGACUGAUCCCAGUCCCAAUGAUCGGCUUCAAGGAGGUUCAGCGGCGACUACAGCACCAGCAGGAACAGACACGACUACAUCAACAACGUCUCGAUGUGAUGUCUGGUGAUCUGACGGACCUGCAGAACAAGCACAGCAACAUGCUAGCUAGACAGGAGGAGUACAAGAGGAAGCACCUGGAGCUGGGCCACCGACUGUUGCAGGUGAUUGUGAAGCAGGAGAUCUACCGGAAGAUGGGGUACGCCAUCCAGGCGGAAGAAGAGCAUCUCAAGGUGCAGCUUGAGGUUCUGCAGACUGAACUCAACCACCCCACACAGUUUAAGGGUCGACUCAAUGAGCUGAUGUCCCAGAUCAGGAUGCAGAAUCAUGUUUCAUCUCAGAGACAGGAGGUGUCAUUUCAGAUGGACACAGAACUACAGUCGGAGAUAAAACAGCUCCUGAAACAACAACAAGAUGGUCUCAAUCAUCUGAUCCAAAUCUUGAAGGACGAUGCCUCUGACCUUCACCUUAUAGAAUCGUCCUUAGCAGAUACACAGACACGAAGAUGAUCUUACAUCUCACUCACACCAAUAGGAUGGAAUAUUUUUGCUUUCUUUUCAUGGAGUCUUGGCAAAUUCUGACAUUGACCUUGGCAUACAGCUAAAUGACCCUUGUGCUGUAACACAUCCAGGAGAAGAUGUCUUUAUGUUUGAUCCUGCAACUCUGGCAACUCAGCAAAUUCAAGAGACCCCUGGGUUCGUAUGCACUGCACUUUGUUGUCAUGUGCAGCAGUUGGCAUUAUACCUCAGGUAUCCUGGGGUUGUCGGUUUCACCAGUGUGGUAAACAUCGGAGACUUGCAUCACUUUGGGAGAUUUCCUUCUCCAUCAAGACAUGCCAUGGUAUAAUUGAAAUACUGUUCAACGUGGGGUAGUCCAGACUCACUCAUGUGGAACAUUGCGUGCUGUGUGAACCAUUGUCAGUACACUGAACAACUUCUUCAUUUUCCUAUGGAAACAAAUGUUGUUCCAGGACUAUUGGCACUGGAGGCGUUAUGACAUGAGUCAGCCUGCCGUACUUGGAUAGACCAUUCACGGAGGACCAUGGCGUGGACAUAGGGAUUUAUUAGUAAGGAAAUGUGGACAAGAUACAGUAAACACAAGUAUAUAAAGUCAGAGUUGAGAUGGUUUGGAUUUAUAUUUGUGAUGGGAUGGUGUAACAGUCAUACAUUGGAGUAAAAGGCGACUAACGGGAUCGUGUGGUCAGGCUCGCUGACUUGGUUGAUGCAUAUCAUCGAUCUCAAUUGUGUGGAUCAAUGCUCAUGAUGUCAGUCACUGGAUUGUCUGGUCCAGACUCCAUUAUUUUACAGACCGCCACCAUAUAGCUGGAGUAUUGCUGAGUGCGGCGUUAAACAACAAACAAACAGACAAACAAACAAAUAAAAAUCAUACUUUGGCUCGUCACGCCGGACUCUUGGCUUCAUGGGGACAGUGUGUGAAACAGCUACUCAUUCAUGUGCGAAGUAAUUCAGACUUGUAAUAACUUGUGGUAUGGUUCAUUGACCAAUACUUAGAACAAAACUAAUCUUUGGCAAAACACACAAUAUCAUACCUACAGGGAUUAAGAAAUGAGACGAUCUGGAGUAGAAUAGGACUUCACCAACCCAUGCUUACUAUCGUAAGACGCGACUAAAAGAAUUGGGUGGUCAGGCUCACUGACUUGGUUGAUACAUUUCAUUGUAUGCCAACUGCGUGGAUUAAUGCUCAUGAUGUCAAUCACUGGAUUGUCUGGUCCGACUCAUUAAUUUACAGACUGUCGUCAUAGAGGUGAAAUAUUGUUGAGUGCGGCAUUAAACAACAACAAACAAACAAAUAAACAAACGAGAUGAGACCGAUGGUGGGAACUCAUGGAGGGUAUGUAGUCAUUGAAAAGAAGUAUUAGAGAACAGAUCAGGUCUUUUCUCAUAUGUUCUGACUGCAAGCAACACAUGGUUAUUGUUCCUGUUUCAUGUUUUGAUUACAAAAUGUCUCAACUCAUCAGUAAAUAUGUAUAUAUAUUGUAAGUUGUAAAUAAAAAUGUCAUCCUUUGUAAA